AUGGUAUCCCAUACACAAACUAUUGGAGCACCAGACAUCACAUGGGGCACACUUCAAAGCCCUGACAACAGCACAGCUUCAGUGCUUGUGCCCAACAUUCAGCAACAGCAACGUCCACAAAGUGUAUCAGGUAAUGAAUAUACCAAUAACUCAAUGUGGAUUAGCAUUGGUGGUUCUAAUCCUACCUCUUGCUCCCCUUCAGUAUCCAUGGCUCAAGCCAUGUCACCAUUUCCACUGCAGAUAUUGCAGCAAUCCAACCAUACAAAUGAUAGGGAACUGCGGCGCUUGGUGCAGCCUACUCAGAAUCAAACAGUGCCUCCAGCACAUUCUGUCACCCCAGCAAAGCGGCCCCGACAGGAAUCAUUUGAUCUCCCCCCUCCAGGGGAUAAUCAACUUCAAACAGCAGUAUCCACCACUGGUGAUAGCCAUUCUGAGGCUAUUCAGACCCCGUUACACACUCAGCCUCCAACUCCUAGCAGUAACCAAUAUGUGACACCCUCCAGGUCCUCUAAACGUGCUAGACCACCGCCUGGAUCUCCUGUCUGGAAUUAUCCUUUUGGUGAGAGGGUGAGCACUACUGAAACACAUUGGGAGACUGGGAGAGCCAAAGUCCAUAAGCAACCUAAUAUUCUUUGUAACAAGGAUAUUCAUCUGCUCCAACUUCAAAACUUACUUUCUGGUGUUCCUGAUCUUUCAGAAAGUUCUGGAGGUGUCACAGUAGAUGGGUUGCUUUUAGACCCUGAUUACACCUUAUAUCUCCAGGUCUAUGCUACAUGUUUGAUGCAUGCUAUCUAUCGACCUUUUGACACCUCCCAAACAAUCAUGAUCCUUGAACCUACACCAGUUGAUUGGUCGUACUGGGGAACAAUCACAACAUCAGGUCAACCCCCUCCAACCCAUUUGAUUGGACUCUGCUCCAUAUUACUCCAACCUGAUGAUAUUGAAGAAACAGCACUCUUGGUCUGGGGAACAUGUGAACUAGUGGAUGAUCUGACCUUGGACAUUGAACUAACAUACUAUGACAAUUGUGCAAGGAUCCCAUCAAGUACUCUUGUGGAGGAAGUAAACAACUGGGUGUGGACUGUUGUGGAAAAUAACCUGCCAUGUGGUUACAACAUGGGCCAAAAGGUUCUCUGGGGUGCAAAGUGGUCUGAGGACUAUCAUACAUUCUCUGAGAUAGAGCUUGAUAUGGUAUUUUGCCAGAUUAUCUCUGCAGUGGUGUAUGACAUGCCAUUUCAUCCUCAGAUUUUAGCAGAUGGUCCGCCACUGAUGCCAAGAUGGCCAUAUGAGAUGACACAAGCACAGAUUCAAACCCUGCUUGGUCAACAAGUGGAUGGCAGUCUUAGCUACAAGGCCCUUGUCAGUGAGAAUGACUUUGUACCAGAGCGCAUUUAUCUUCACGGCUACCCAUUUGAAGCUGAGAUUUUGCCAAUGCAUGACACGCUGGAAGGGUAUGGGUUUGAGGAGCAAGAGGAAGUAGAGGAAGUUCCAAGCGUACCAAUGGAGGACAUAUUCACACAGCAUGACUCCCUCAAUUCAUCCAAGAAAACUAAUUUUACUAAUUUUACUCUUCUUAGAACUGAAGCCUGGAUUGAACAAAAAGCUGCUUUAGAAGCAACAGGACAGCAGCACUACUACUUAAUGUUCUCCGACAAGUUAAGGUAUCAAACUGCCACACCAUCAAUUGCUUCUGAGUUCUCAGUCCAUGUAGUGGAGCCAGGUCCAAACAGAAGUGUUGUUAUGCAAAGGGAUUUGAUUGCCAAGACUCAUGAUUGCAUGCUUGCUCAUUGCAAGUACAGGCACACUGCACGCCUUGUGUAUUGGAAGCAACUACGAGAGUCCACCCCAGAUAUGGAUUGUAUCUCAUUUGUGACCACAAACCUCUGGUUAAGCUCCUUGAUGGCUGCACCAGAUCGUUGUAUUUUCUAUCUGGAUCCAAACCUGGUCACCACAAUCCUUGAGCUCUACCGGAACAACCCAUCUGAACUUGAUGGAAACAUCCCUGAACUUUUUGGUAGGCAAGAUCUUUGGGAUUGGAUGGGACCGCUUGCCCGUAUUUUGGCCAUUCUCAAGUUGGAUGAUUUGUGUGAACCUUCUCCAGGCAAACUCAGUUGGACACUUCUUGAGCUGGAAGUAGAGAAAGGGCGUGUUACAACAGUGGAUGUGGUUUUGGCCCCAUGCACCAACUUUAACAAGCCACAGUUCACUCAACUGCUUUCACAUCUGAUAGAGGCAUUGAACAAGAUCCUUCCUGCAUGGCCACUGGUAACUAGGACCUCAAAAGUCAAACAACGGACUCACAGUCUCAUUUUGCCUCCUCCAUUCAAUGAAGAAUCUAUUCUCUUGGUGAUGAUUGCCUAUUUGUGCGGCAAGAUGCUCAAUCAAGAAGUAGCUACUGUGGAUGUACAAACCAUGAGGCAAGGCCUAUGUUUCUACUUUGACUUGGCGCUUCGAAACCCAGAGGUGGAUUAUAGCUUUCCCUGGCCUGGUCUCACUGAUGAAGUUGGAAUGCUUUUGACUGAGUACAACCAGACUGAUGUUGCACGCAAACGGUUCCACUUGGCCCACAACCAAGAGCCAUCUCCAAUUGAAAUGUUUUCUUGCAGGCGCUCUUAUGCUGCUACCGUAGCCACUCCAGGGCCAUCUGAACCUUUCUUUCUUGAACUUGCUCAAUCUCAUUCUUCCCAUGCUGAAGGAAUUCUCAUGCACACUUCAGGUCGUGUCGUAGACACAAUCAAUACCAGGGAAUUUAUUCCCAAUUUCUCGAAUUUAAACGAAGGCAAUCGGAGAACAUUUUCAAUCACGUGA